UUGAUGAUCUCAAGGUCCAAUAUGAAUCUGGGUUAUGUAGGGCCAGAAACUAGGUCACCAGGUCAAAUCAAAGGAAAAGCUAAUUAACGCUGUUUAGGCCACAUUUAUGAUAAUAUCUUAAUGAAACUUGGUCAGAAUGUUAAAUCUUGAUGAUCUAUAGAUCGUGUUCAAAUCUGGGUCAGGUGGGAUAAAAAACUAGGUCACUAGGUCAAAUCAAAGGAAAAGCUUGUUAACACUAUAGAGGCAACAUUUAUGACUGUAUCUUCAUGAAACUUAGAAUGUUAAUCUUGAUGAUCUUUGGGUCAAGUUCCAAUCUUGUAAAUUAUUCAUGACCCAGUACUGAGCAUGUGCAAUACGUUAUUCUUAACCCAGUACUGAGCAUGUGCAAUGAGCUAUUCUUAAGCAAGUACUGAGCAAGUGCAAUAAGUUAUUCACGACCCAAUACCUCAAGCAUGUGCACUAAAUAGAUGAGAAUGUGUUCUAAUUUAUUCAUGGUCCGAUCAUACUGAACAUACACAGAAAAAUAUUGCAACACGAGAUAAUGCGAGUUUUCAGGACAAUUCUGACACCUACUCAAAGAUUUAUGAAAAAUGAAAUGUAAACUUAAGUAAUUCAGUAAUCGAUAAUUCUGAGGUUUAAUCCUAAUUAAACGGAAGUGAAUGCACAUAACAUUUUCUUUGUGGAAAAGAUGUGAGUAACUCGUUUAAGAUGCAUGUGUGUUCGGGUUUAACGUCUUUUUCAACAUUUUUUCAGUCAUAUAAACGACGGUGUCUACUUGUAGCAGUGAGCACAAUGCCCAACUUAUAGUGCUGCCUCACUGGAAUAUCACGCCGUAGACACGUGACAUGAUACCCUACCCAGUCACAUUAUACUGACACCGGGCUGACCAGUCCUAGCACUAACCUCUUAAUGCUGAGCGCCAAGCGAGGAUGAGUAAUAGUUCCUGCAAGAGACUGUAAUUAAUGAUUUUAAAGAAUGAUUAAAAGAGUCGAUGAUUUACACCAUUUAUAUGUAACGCACACUAUUCUCGAGUUUUUCAUCUUCAAAUUAGAAUUGUGUCCAUAGGACACGGAUUCCCCAACAUACUGUGCUAUCGUCUAAAUAGCAAAGAUUUAGUACUGACCAUCUUCACAUGAAAGAUAAUCGACUCCACGUUUGCAGCAAAUAUCAAGGUCUUCAUCUGUGAAACUUUCAAGCAGAGGAGUUGAACACCCAAGAUUUUUCUCUGUAUUCUAUAUAGCAAUACUAUCAAAGGGUCAUAACUGCGGGCAAAAGUUCCUUCCUUUAUCAUUGAAAGUUUGAAGCAAGUCAGGCUUAUAGCUUGGCAGGAGUUGGACACACAAGAUUUCGGGACGUACGUAUGGAGGGACGUACGGAGAGCAGCAAAGGUAUGUGCCCCCACAUAAAUAGGGAGGGGGGUCAUAAAAACGAUCAGUGGCAUUCUAUAUGUGCAAAGUAAGAUAGAUAGCUGGCUUGAUGGCAUAGGGGAUGAGUGGAAGGAAAUAUGAUCUUUUGUAGUGACACUUCUGACGGUCUCUCCAAAAAGUAACUGAUAUUUUGCAUUACAUACUUUGUGUAAGUAUUUUUCUCUGGUUUCUUAUUCAUUGUUUUGUUAUUAUUUUCACAGGAGAGUUUCAAAAACAUUACAUUGAUUAACAUCAUACUUAAGGCGAUAACUGUUUAAAUAUUUUUAAUUACGUGCAUUUGUUUUCGACGAAAACGUCCGACACAGCGCGCGUCACCGCUAGACCAUCGGCAACAGAAACUUAUUCUUAUGUUAUUCUUUUGUUUAUGCCAUAUUACUGUGCUAUACCUAUACAAACAUGUAAAAUGUCACCAUAUAACAGUGAUAUUGGUUGUUACCGUCAACACAGUCAUGUGGGGUGAAAGCUUGAAAUAUCAAUCAAUAUUUACUUUAUCCUACGUAUUUCAACUAUUCAGAUAAGCGUUGCCCGUCUUUGUAUAAAUCAUUGUUACACAAAUAUCAUUGCAACGAAAACGAAAGAGGAAGUGAAUCAGUUUCAGUUCGUGGAAGACAUAGUUUUAACUGGUAAACAAAAUACACAGGUGACGUAAUUAGACCCUAAUAACUGUGCAAGCAGGCAUGGCAUCUCUACCAGUUGUUGCAUCGGCCGUACACGAGCGUCUGCAGGUAGCUGCUAUUGAUUUCGGUACAACAUACUCAGGAUAUGCGGUGUCAUUUCGUGCCGAAUUUCUUGAAAAUCCGUUGAAAAUUUUCACUUACAACUGGACAACUGGGUCUACCGGUGCAGUAUCUCUCAAAACGUCUUCAUGUAUAUUGUUUGACCCGAAUCAGAAAUUCCAUAGCUUUGGAUUUGAAGCAGAAGAUAAGUAUGCUAAGCUUGCAGCAGACGAAGAACAUUUCGACUGGUAUUAUUUCAAGCGAUUUAAGAUGCUUCUUUAUGAAAAUAAGAAGUUAACGAGGACCAUCAAACUGAGAGAUGACAAAGGACUUGAAAUGCCGGCAAUGAAAGUUGUCACGGAAUGUAUACGUUACUUGAAAGAUCAUCUCAUAAAGACAUGCGAAGAUAAGAAAACAGGACUUAACACGAGUGAGAUGCACUGGGUCCUCACUGUACCAGCGAUAUGGGACGACUCCGCCAAACAGUUUAUGAGGGAAGCUGCUAUAGAGGCUGGUAUAAAAACUCAAAACUUAUCAUUGGCUUUGGAGCCCGAGGCAGCAUCGUUGUUCUGUAGAUACCUACCUAUGGAGAGAGUCCAAGGUGCUGAUGGUGUAGGAAGGAUAUCUAAUCUUGCACCUGGAAAGAGAUACAUUGUCUUGGACGCUGGAGGAGGGACCGUCGACAUUACUGUACAUGAGACGCAGACAGACAAUACAGUAAGAGAGAUAUACAAAGCGAAUGGAGGACCUUGGGGAGGGACAACGAUAGAUGAAGCAUUUCUAGAGUUUCUCACUAAUAUUGCUGGUGCUGAUACAAUCAAAGUAUUCAAAAGAGACUUCAAGGAAGACUUCUUGGACCUGUUUAGAGAGUUUGAAAUAAAGAAGAAGACAUUCGGACCUGAACUUGAUGGCAACCAAAAGAUAACUUUCAAAAUACCUAUUUGUAUACACGAAACGUACAAAGAGCUCCAUCAUGGAGAGGACUUCAGACGUAGCCUUCUGCUUAAGCAAGAUUUAAAAGAUCAGAUUACAUUCACGGGCGAUAAACUUCGUGUACAUCCAGAUGAAGUGAGGAAAUUAUUCGACAGCACAUGCCAAAGAGUUGUAUCUCAUCUUCAAGAUAUUUUUGCUGAACCCACUGUUACAAAUACUGAUACAAUCCUAAUGGUUGGUGGAUUUUCCGAAUCUAAAAUGCUUCAGGAUGCCAUCAAACACAAUUUUCAAGACAAGAGAGUGAUUAUACCUGAAGAAGCUGGCCUCGCUGUGCUGAAAGGAGCGGUAAUUUUUGGACAUAAUCCCAACAUGAUUAUAUCAAGAGUUUCAAGGUAUACAUAUGGCGUGAAGGUAUAUAGAAAUUUUAAAGUUGGCGUACAUCCAGUUGAAAAGAUGGUUGUUAUAGAUGGUAAACAGAAAUGCAGGGGUUGUUUCAGUAAGCACGUUGAAGUAGGACAGGAAGUUUAUGCUGGGAUGGUUUUUGAGGAGAAAGAAUAUAGUCCAGGAUCAAGAGCCAGCAGGUCUAUGGCAUCAAAAAUAUAUACUGCUGACAAACCGAACCCUGCUUACGUAGAUGAUCCUGGAUGCAGAUUCUUGGGAAAGCUUUCCAUGGAUGUUUCUAAGAUAAAAGAAUACAGAGAAAGGCGAAAACGAGUCCGGAUGAUUUAUGGAAAUACUGAACUAGGUGUAGAGGUUACAAAUGUGAAAACUGGAGAAAAGCUCAGUGCUAAAUUCAAUUUUUUAGAUUAAUACUAUAAGAUUCUUUCACUGGUUAUAGGUGCAGAUGGGAAUUUCCGGCCUCGAGGGUAACUGUUUAGGCGGUAACGAGGUUCCUACCGAGUUACCGCCUAAACAGUUACCCGAGAGCCGGAUAUUCCCAGCUGCACCUAUAACGAGUGACAGAAUCUUUAUCUUGCAUACCGAUAUCAAGAUAUAAUAAUAAAAAUAAAAUCAGUCGAACGGCUUUCUUUUUAGAACUAUUUCUUCUAGUAACGUAUGUAAACAAAGCGCGGGAAAGCAACGUACGUAAACAUGAAAGACGUCAUGACGUUUCAAAGACAAAUAACAAUGUUUAGUUCCGGUUUUGUUUAAUCAGUUGCAGCGUAACGUUAUGAAUUUUUGAUAAAAUAACGUGUUUUGAAUCGAGAAAUAUACUAUCAGGAACAAAGAGGAACUGUCAAGGUACUGGACUUUUAAUUCCGUUUUUCGAAAUAAAAUAUAAAUAACUACAUAAAUCUUCUACAUAUAUGUAGUUCGUAAUACGUCAUUUAAAGCACGAGAGUCAUCUUACACCCCGGGGUGUAAGAUGGAUUUUUCCAGCACCGGUAAAAUUACCGGAAAUCCCCGUCUGGUAUGCAAGAAAAGUAUGAUUAUGCAUCAGUAACGAUUAUUGUAAGAUUAUGAUUUAAACCAGAAUACUAACAUAUAUAAAAUGUUAUGACUUACCAGUAUUGUGACCGUUGUUUAUGACUUAAAAAUGUUAAAAAGACGAUAAAACCGAUCGCUAACACUCCGACACACCAAUAUUGUGAGGUGCUGUGUAAUAUGUGGUCAGAAAAGAUAUGCAUCUGCAGACAAUUUUUCUAACAGAACGACUGCAUAUUUAGAAGAUAUCCUCAAGUACUUUUGAAAAUACAAUUAUUAUUUCUCUUUUACAUUUGUUAUUAUAUGUCAUUUUUAUUAUUGUUAUUCGGUUGUUGUUGUUCUUGCUUUUAUUACUAAUGUUGUUGGGCAGUUUUUGUUCCAAUUAUUGCUAUUACCGCUAGUACUUAAAUCAAGUACAAUUCUAGUUGGAUGUUUGUUGUUAAAUUUAUUUCACGCAUAUAAAUAUAUUUAUACAUAAAACUUGAAACAAUGAAAAAGAUUAGGUAAUUACUCAUCACGCCAUAUAGAAUGUUUCUUGAUAAUAUUUUAUUUUGCAUUAUUUGGUGAUUAGUUUGUUCCGUGGCAUGAAUAGUUUACCUGUUCGUUGGGUGUACUGCUAACUUUUAAAAAGAUCCAGCUUUGUUAAUAAAAAAAACACAUUUCAUUCUUUUUAUAUGAAAAUUCGUAUCUUUCUUGAUAAGGUUCUUACUAGUUUCAUUCAAUUUAUUUAUUAAUAUUUCCGUCUAAUAGCAUUAAAGGAUCAACUCUG